AUGGUUCAGUGUUUCGCUGUUUUCCUGAUUCUUUGUUUUUUUGGCGGCUCACUGGGAACAACCACCUCACCUCAGCAACAAGACACCUCAAAAUUAAAAGUCUUAUGCCAAGUAAGAAACGCAUAAAGAUAUAAAAAGAAGUACUGCACCGUAGAUUAGGUAGUUAUGAUCAUUUACUAAAAAAUACCCGUUAAAAGUGUAUCGCAGUUUAUUUAAUAGCCCUCGCUUCAGCAUGAUCUUUCCUCGAAAACCUGAAACCUGGCGAGAUAACGCUUUAAAUAGGAUUAUUAUGUCUAAGGUCCAUUCCGUGCCUCGAAAACAAGGGAGACGGCUGGCGGGUAUAGACUUUGUUUAUUUUGGUGUGGAAUCAUCGUUUGCGUGGGAGCUACGGGCGUGUAUAAACCGAAUUAUCCUUUCAAUUCCAAAAGAUAAUUAAUCUAACUAUGAUGAAAUGCAUAAUUUCUUAGAGACGAGGUCCUAAAACUGGUAUGGAUUUUAGAGGCCAAGUCUGAAAACGGGUGUAAAAAAUGACGUGUUUUGGUCUGAAAUAGAGUCAGGAUUUGAGCGGUACACCCCCACCAAGAAUUUCCAGGACUACCCCUCCCCCCCUCCCCGCCCGAGUUAUUAAAGAUCCCGUGUCGUCUUCGUCUCUGCUAAUUAAAGGUCAUCUUUACUUUAAUUUCAGCGAUCUAUGCUGGUUUUCCCUGGUAUUCCAGGAUCAAAUGGUAUACCGGGAGUGCCGGGCGUCCCUGGGCCACACGGACCCCAUGGAAAGGAAGGUCCCAAAGGACAAAUUGGUGAUAAGGGAUCGCGAGGAAUGCCGGGUCCAAGAGGAGACAGAGGACGCGAAGGACCCUCUGGAAAGAGUGGACCCCGAGGAAUUAUAGGAAUGAAAGGUCAACAGGGACUUGUGGGAAUGAAAGGAGAGCGAGGCAUUGUGGGAAAUCCAGGAAGAAAAGGAGACAAAGGAGAGAAAGGAGAAAGCGCCAAAGCAAGUCAAGCAAGUGUAGUACCACAAACCAACUGGAAACAAUGUGUGUGGAAAUCAGGCAGCGGUACUGAUAACGAAAAGAUCAAGGUAAUUAGAAUAAGAAUCAUACCACUCUCCUAACAAAAUUCAUUUCUUUUUUAAUUAAAAUAUUUCAAAGAAGAACGUCUCCCCUCUCACUCACCGUUUGCCAAAACAUUACAUAAAUAACUAAUUAGUUAUAUUUCCCUCUACUUUGGUUCUUUUUGAACGAAAAAAGGGAAAACCAUCAUGCGUGAUAAAAUGAUUCCUAGCCAUAUGGAUAAGGACGACAAAAAUUGAAGCAAUUACAGAGUUUUUAAACAUUAGGAAGUAAUCUUCAAUGGAGUUGUUAAAAUUAAUCAUUAAACACGGUUGCUCGCCUUAAUACAAUAUGUUUGAUUUGUUUGAUUUUUUUUCCAGGAUUGUACGUUUAACAAGCUGCAGUCUAAUUCAGCGCUCAGAGUCUCAUUCCAGGGAAACAUGAGGGUCGAGGGUAGUUAUAAGUGCAAUCGGUGGUAUUUUAAGUUAAGUGGAAAUGAAUGCAGUGGACCAAUGACGAUUAAGGCUGUUGUUCACAACAACUGGUCAUCUGGGAGCUCUGAUCUGCUGCAUCAUCGGUCAUUUGAGGGGUACUGUGAAAACAUUCCAAAAGGCGCUGUUAGAGUGGAAUUAUGGGCAGGACAGUGCAGAGGCUACACCUUGGGUGAUGCUUACACUGGGUGGAAGUCAGUAUCCCGGAUAAUGAUUGAAGAAGUUUCUAGGCCCCAGUCCUAA